ACACAAGGAAAAGAUGGAGAACUGUUUGCGCAUGGCUCGGCAACUCAUUCUCAACGAGAUCAAUAAGGGGUGCAACAACAAAAAUUUCGUGAUGUCUCCAAUGUCAAUCAUCGUUGCAUUGAGCAUUCUGGCUUUUGGUUCACGAGGUCGCACGCUGGAGCAACUGCUGGACUUCCUUGAAGCAAAGGACAUGGAUGAUCUCAAAGCCAAGGCCUCUCUGAUGAUGUCUGCUGCUGCACCAGUCGAGAACACCAAUGAAGGUCUGAUUCUGUCUUCUCUUAAUGGGGUUUGGAUUGAUCAGCGUUUCGCUGUGAGACCCUCCUUCAAGGAGAUUGCCGAAACCGUUUUCAAAGCAGAAGCCAACGCUGUUGACUUUGUGAAUGAGGCUGAGAAAGUAAGGAAUAAAGUGAACUUAUGGGUUAAGAAUGCGACAAAAGGGCUCAUCAAAGAAGUUCUCGCACCUGGUGCUGUUAGUGGGGCAACAAUAAUCAUCCUUGCCAAUGCUCUCUAUUUCAAGGGAGCUUGGUUAUAUCCUUUUAAAGCUAAAAGGACUCAACCAAAAAAAUUUUAUCCCCUUGUUGGAGAACCAAUUAAAGUUCCCUUCAUGACCGGCACAACAGAGGUGAAACAUUUUUUUGGAUCCUUCGAAGAAUUCAAGGUUCUUGAGAUCCCAUAUAAGGAAGGACAAGACAACAGGCGAUUCUCUAUGUAUGUCUUUCUUCCUGAGAAGAAAAAUGGGUUACAAGAUGUAAUUCAAAGGUUUAAUUCCAACCCAAAUUUAUUAGAUAAAUGCUUUGAUCUACAAAAAAUACAUCUUUCUGAUAUGUUGAUUCCUAAAUUCAAGUUUUCAUAUGGGUUUGAAGCUAAAGAAAUUAUGAAAAAUCUUGGAUUAACAUUACCUUUUGAGACGGUUGGGGAUUUCACAGAAAUUAUUGAAUCUCUUGAAAGUGGAAAAUUUUUCGUCUCCAGCAUUGUUCAAGAGUCUUGUAUUGAAGUUAAUGAGAAAGGUACAAAAGCUGCUGCUGCUACUUGUGCCGCUGUACAGCUCACUUCACGUCCACCUCCACGACCAAGUUUUGUGGCAAACCAUCCAUUCAUGUUCAUGAUUAGAGAAGGGAUAUCUGGGAUCAUAUUUUUUGUUGGAGUUGUACUUAACCCCCUUUUAGGCUAA